UCCCCCACACAUUAGUUUCUGAUUUUUUAAGAACAAAUUGUUUUCUUCCAUUAAAGAUUGGUAAAUUCAACUCUCCCAUGGCCAUCCUCUAUUCUUGGACAAAACCUCUCUCUCUCUCUCUCUCGUCUCCUUUCUUUUGCAAAUACAGCUUGUUUUCUUCUGCUGUUGUCUGCGAGGAGUAGAUCGAGCUGGUUUCUGGGUCGGUGCCGACUUCAAAGAAGGCUUUAUCUUUUAAUCUGUAAUUGCGGAACUACCACAUGACUUCAUUAAGGAAUUUGAUGGAAGACAACCAACUGGAUUUUAAUCAGCCUCUUCUUUCCGUGAGGCGUUUUUCAUCUACAGGAACUCCAUCAGAGACUAAAGAAAAAACCAGCACUGAACCCAAAAUUCCUCCUCUUCCUGUAUAUAAAUCAGAGUUGAAAUCUGGUCCGGUGAGGAAUCCUGGAACCGUUCCUUUUGUAUGGGAGCAGACUCCAGGUAAACCCAAGGAUGAAAGCACAAGAAAAACUCGGAUUUUGACACAGCCUCCCCUUGUUCCGAAACUCCCACCCGGAAGGGUCCCAAAUGUUAAGCAAGAAGUUCCUAUUUCUAUGAAUGCUUCAUCAGAUGAAAAUGCCAGAGAGGCAGGAGAAGAUAAGGCCAUUUGUGAGUCAGGGAUUGAAGAAGAAGAAGAAGACGAUGAUGAGGUUUUCAGGGAUGCAAAUGAUAGAUUUUCUCGAUCCGAAUCCUUCUUCUUCAACUGUAGUAUUAGUGGAGUGAGUGGAUUGGAAGGUUCAGAAAUUAAACCAUCAGGGGCUUCUUCCAUGGAUCCACAGGCUCGGAAUUUCAUGAUUGAUCGAUUUCUGCCUGCAGCAAAGGCAAUGGCUUCGGAAACACCUCCACAUACUACCAGAAAACAAACUACUACCGUUGAGCGACCAAGGGAAAUAAAGAUGGUGACAAAUGGGGGUAGGCAGAGUCGGCCAAACCUGCACCUUCAGACACAUCAUGUUCAAGAAAUAUGCAGGGAAGAAAGUGAUGAUGAAGAUGAUGUCUAUUAUGGGUCUGGAUAUGCUUCUGCUCGGGGCUGUGGUUUGCUUCCUCGGUUUUGCUUAAAAGGUUCAUUUGUCCUUUUGAAUCCAGUACCUGGAUUGAGAAUGCAGGGCACUUCAGUACGUAAAAUUCGGAAUAGCUCAAUUGGGAAUCCCAAAGACGCUGCAAAUGAGAGACGAGUGAGUAAUGGUCAGGGAAUAACUCGGCUGCAGAUGGAAGAAGAUGCAAGUAAGUCCAGCAAAAGCAACGGCAAAACUUUUAAUCAGGAGCGAGAUACAUUUUCUUUAUACAGGAAUUUGCAGGGUGAGGGCAUAUCCAACUACCCAUAUGAACUUUCCCGAGCUGUUCAUACAAAUGUAAAUCCUUAUCUUGGUUGGACUGAAAAUGCUACCAAUUCAGCAACAAAUGAAUAUGAUGAACCACAUAGAAGAAGCCUAAGUAGCUUCCAAGCAUUACUGGGUGACGACGAAUCGGGUUCAGCUAGUCCUGCUGUUGAGAAAACUCUCUACAUAGACUCUGUACAUAAGAUUAGAUCUCCCAAUUCAAGUUCAAAUUCUUGGGAUAUGAAGGGCAUAAGUUUCAGUUCAGAUAUGAUCGAUGAUGCUUCCAUGAAAAGUACUGAAAUGAAAGAACCAUAUCUACUUGAUUCUGCCACCCAAGAUAUCAAGAAGUUGAACGCUGCAGAUGAGAAAACAAAUCUGAAACCUGAUAGUUUGGUAUCUGUGGGUUCCCACUUGCCCACCUCCUCAGAUAGAACAUUUUUUGAGGUAAAAGUGGAUUCAAAUUACUCCAGAUUCAAACUGGGACAAAAUCAGGAUGCUGUGAAGUUGACAAGUUUGCAAUUUGCUCAGAACAAGAACAAGAAGUUUGAUUUGGAAAAUCAGUUUCCCUUAAAACCAAACAACCGAGUCGAUUCUAAUUGUAUUGCUAGUGAUACCCCUGCAUUGGUAAGCUCAGAUGGAACUCACAAUGAGAAGAUUAUAGACAGGAAACAACCUGAGAAAUCAAGUUAUGAAGGGAAUAACCUUAUUAUUCCAGACUAUGGCAAGAAGCUUGAGUCGGACGGCAAAAUGCUUAUGGAAACUGGCAUUCAAGAAAGUUUCCAUAGUCCUGCUGAGGACUCUCCUGACCUGAGAACUUCAGAAGAUGCCACUAAUGGAAACAGAGAUUCAAAAAAUAAAAUUCUCAAGAGGGAAGGCAAUGAAGGCAGUUCUCGGUGUGGUUACUCACGGCUGUCUUUUGCUCCACCUCCACCAAAAUCUCCAUCAGACUCUUGGCUAAAGCGUACUUUACCGACUUCGAGAAACUCUUCGUUUUUGCAGUCUUCUCUUGCAAUGCGAGCAAACCCUGUCUCAAUAACCACGUUGCCUGAUCCCAAGUCAGAGUCGAUUGUUAAAAGCUCCGAUACAAAUCAUCAGCAUCUGCAGUUUCCAAAGGAACUGCUGUCAUCUAUACCUGAAGUUUAGAUCAAGGGAAGAAGCCUGCUCCAAAUUUCAUUUGGCUGUGAGUAUGCUACUUUCCCCUUGGUUUUAUGGGUUUCAAUGUUCCAGAAUCUCUCACUUUGAGUCUUAUACUUUUUUUCCCUUUUGCUUGCUUUAGAAACAGUGUAAAAAAUAACUGUAAAUGGGCAUUUGUACUGUUAGGCAAAAUUUGAUAAUGUUCCUGUUGUAAAUUGUACUGUAAAGAAACAAUGAUGAUCCAUAAAUUUACAUGGAGAAUAAAGGAAGCAUACGAUACUUUUACACUAUAGUA